UCCUCAUAAAGAUUAUGUAACCUGCUGGAGAUGUAGAGAAGAUGAGUGUUAGCUGGUGGCCAUUUGGCCCAAAUACAUUACAAUUCUCUAAAAAAAAAAAAAAUCCCUUUAAAUUUACUGUUCAUAUUAAACUUGAGCACCUCUUUUUCAGGACAGACACAUUUAUGACAUUGACUUCCUUGUUUGCACACUUCUUAGAGAAACAUUUUGUAAUUUGGUUUCUGUUUUUGUGUGACUGUUUCUUCUGAAGUAAAAAUAAAUACAUAAAAAUGAAUACGUUCAUCAUAGAUUUUAUUAUACUGCAGUGGCUGGGUGAUAAACCUAGACAUUAUGCAUCGUCUCAUGCACGGUUUCCUGACACCCCCCCACCCCAUCUCUACACCUACAGUACACUGAAACAGGAAAUUAAGAGUCUUGAACAAAGAGCAGCGUAUAUAUACACACUCACUGUAGUCUGAGAGGAGCUGCACCACGAGGAGCCUCAACACAACACAGCUUUCAUCUGAUGCGCUCUCAGCAUGCGGUGUAGUUUUUACAUGUGGAGAUCAGACAGAAGAGUCUCUAAUUAACUUGAGGAACCUGAAGCCUGCCAUGCAGCAGCGCUUAUGAGAAUCAGCCUACGCCGCGGGACUUUCACUCAACUACACCGACAACACUUCAAUCUGCAAUGAUGAACACGAUAAACUGCACCAUCCCUUCUGAAGAGUAUCAGUUCUACCUUUUCCCGGCAGUCUACAUCUUUGCUUUAGUUGUGGGUCUGCCAUUAAACCUGGCUGCCCUCUUCGCCUUCACAUUCAGGGCCACCACACGCACGGCCUUCAGUGUCUACAUCAGCAACCUGGCUCUGGCGGACAUUGUCAUCCUCUGCACUUUACCCUUUAAGAUCCACUACCACCUCCACGCAAACAACUGGAUAUUUGGGGACGUUGCCUGCCGUGUCACUGGGAUCCUCUUCUUCUCCAACAUCUACAUGAGCAUCUGUUUCAUGACUUGUAUCUGUGUGGACCGCUACAUGGCCACCGUACACCCGCACACCUAUCUGAGGAUGCGCAGCCCCUGGUGCUCCUUCAUCGUAUGUGCGCUGCUCUGGGUUGCAGUUGGAGUGGCUAUACUGGUCUUCAUCCUCAUGGGACCUCUGGAGACAAACGAAGACAAACCAGGAAGCCACAGAUGCUUUGAGAACUUCGCCAAGAACGAGUGGAGCUCGCGCUUGGCGGCUUACAGCUUCAUCUGCCUGACCUUCGGCUCCCUGCUGCCCUCCCUGAUCAUCCUGGUGUGUUACCCUGUGGCUGCACGGCGAAUUUCCAAGAUACAGACAAAAAUGGCCAGAAAAGCUGUGAGGGUCAUCUGCACCAUCCUGGCGAUAACGCUGCUCUGCUUCCUGCCCAACCAUGUCGUCUAUCUGCUCCACCUCCUUUGCCGCAUGGACAUCAUCCAGAGCUGCUCCGCUGCCAACGCCAUCUACCACGCCAGGCGGGUCACGAUGGCACUCGUCAUCCUCAACACAUGCCUGGACCCGGUGCUUUACUACAUUACCACCAGCCACUUUAACUGGAAGAGCUUGAGGAUGACAUGGCUGUGGGGAAGGAUCAGGAGGACCAGGGGGAUUUAUACCAUCACAGUGACAUGAGUGAACAGCACGUCUACUUGUAAAUACAGCUCUGUGUGUACGCUUCACUGUUUUUGUUAAGCCAGUACUGCAAAAAUUAAACUUUUCUACAAAUGUGUUUAUUCAAAUGGAAUUUGUACAUGAAAAUAAAGGGAGAAAUCAGAAUUUGAACAACUUGUUUUUGUUGUGCAGUUCAGUCUAUAAAUGAACAGCAAUGUCACCAAAGUACAUUUAGAAAAAGGGGCAGUUAAAGGAUCGAUAUCCCAGCAGUUCAUGAAGCAAAAAUGUUGACGUUGACAGGUAAUUAUUUGGAAUUAUUUGCAGUGGGCAGCGGUUAUCAGCCUCCACAGAUCCAGGUUGAAAAAAUGAGUCCUGUUUUUCAAGUGU